CCACAAGCGACAAGUGCCGAAGCCGUUCGUGUGGCGUGCGAUGCAAAACAGCAGUGACCGGGAUGCCGGCUAGGUGUACGAAAUAACUGCGGAUUAUCCAAUAGACUCAUCGAAUCGUAGCCCCUACCUCGCACAGCGAGAUCGCCCACCCUGGUGUCAUCACUGCCCCUGCUAAGCAAGAAGCACCUGACACACCACUGACAGUCCACGUAUAACAGGAGGACCCGAGAUAUCUUUUAAUGGCCCUAUACACCAUGCGUCAACACGAGAGAGCUGCUAUAAACUGGGAGGUUUAUAGCAGCUUGCAGAAGACAAGGAAAAAGUCUUUAAUGCCGCAGACGAACCACUGUGGAAGCGUCUGCAUGCCACACCAGGCCACCGCCAUGGAGCUGUGGAACAACAUGGACCGAUGGAUACUGGAGAAUGAAUCUUACUUUCUGCCGCCGGUGUGCAACAAGAUGAUGCACAAGGAAGGGCAGCUCAAAGUGUUCUUCGUCGGAGGACCAAACCAGAGGUACGAUUACCACAUUGAAGAAGGCGAAGAAAUGUUCUACAUGGUCAAAGGCGACAUGGUGCUAAAGGUGCUGGAACGUGGUAGACCCAAAGACGUGGUCAUCCGCGAAGGAGAAGUGUUUCUGCUGCCCGCGCGAAUUCCGCACUCGCCGCAACGCCAGCGGGACACCGUUGGGCUCGUCAUAGAGCGGGAACGCGCCGAAAACGAGCUGGAUUGUCUCAGGUACUAUACAGAUGAACGAUGCAGCCAGACACUGUUCGAGCGAUGGAUGCACUGCAAGAACCUAAACCACGACCUGGUACCAGUCAUCAAUGAAUUCCUACACUCGGAGGAAUACCGAACAAAGAGGCCUGGAAAAAUGUCCUUCAUCUCGAAAGAAGCCUAUAGCAUCGACAUUGAGACCACACUUGAACCACCCUUCAAAUUAGACAAGUGGCUUCAGCAACACCAACGGGAACUUAGUUCUCCUGGCUCGAGCAGGUGUCUUUUCCAGGGCAAGCACCAAUCGGAUAUCAUGGUGUUUGGUGCAGGGACUCACAGUAGAAGGAAUAAGAACUACGAGACGUUCCUCUGGCAGACGUCUGGAUCAUCGAGUGUGAUCGUAAACAACGUUCAGCAAUGCCUCAAUAUCAAUGACACAUUCCUCGUGACUGAGGAACACGAGUUCUGCUUCAGCAACUCUACUGAUGGACGCACAAUUGCUGUAUCCAUGCCACCGCUCUAGCCAUUCGUAAAAUUGCUUUCGUACCACGUCACACCAAUACAGAUGCUUCGACUUUA